AUGGGUGGUCCACGAUUAGAAGUUUUCAAAUUUGGUUUUUAUGUAUUCUUUCCUGUAGGUGUUAUGCUUUAUUUUGGCGGACCCGAAUUUUAUGACAAAUAUGUAAAGGGUAUCAAAUUUUGGCCUGAUAUUAAUACAACUUAUGUGAGUAAUGAAGAUGAAUUACAUAAACCUCCUAGUACCUCAGAAGAAGUUAAAAGUGCAUUAGAUAAAAUGAAAGCAGAAAGAGAAGAACGUUGGAGAAAAGCUUUUCAAGAGAAAAAUGAGAAAUCAGCAACAAAAUAA